UAAUCACAAACAACAAGUGUCAGCAAGGCAACGAAGUAAAAAUGGACAUUUUUCUGGAUUUCAAGAGCAACAACAAGAGUUGAUAGAGAAUGAUGGCCAAAUUCAAGAAGCUUUAGAGGAAGAUAAAGAAUGGUCAGCAGAGGACUUGCAAGAAUUCCAAAACGUUGAAAAGAGACUUGAAUUAGUCUGGAAAGAAGAUGCAUUAAAAAAUAAAUGA